CUCAGAUGCUGUUGAGAGUGUGGCGCUUAGUCUUAUGAGUGAAGAGGAGCUAACUCUUCUUCAAGCAAGCGCCGGACCGCUCACCGGUGCCUUGGGCCUUGGCUUCCUCAGCUACAUCUUUCAUGUCUUCAAUGCCGACAAGGCGGCUGCUAAAGAGGGGGAGAAAGUUGUCGUCACUGGAGUACACAUCCCUUCCAACUCCAUUCAGACCGUGACUGAGACGAAAACCACGUCUACGAAAACUACUUCUACAAGUUCUUGUGCGAAUCCUAGCAAGACAGACUUGAUUUGUACCAAGGAUGAUUGCGAGCUCGACCUACCACUGAAGGAUGACACUGAAUUUGUUUGCAAGAGUGGAAAAUAUGAAGGCUGUGGGUGUGUGAUUGAGAGUGUAGUCCUCUCGCUAGAAGUAGGCAAAAAGGAGGAUCAAGCGAUGAAAUUUUUGGCCGACAACAUGCCGUCCAAUCGCGUACCAAUGCCCCCAAAGCUACCCAGUUAUGGAGAAUGCGGAAAGUUGAAUGAGAACAUGGAGAGCAGCACUUAGUUCAACUUGGUUCAGAAGCUUUGUACUGAUACGAAGCACUACAAACUGGACAAAGAUUUCAGUGUUGAAUACACUCCUGAAGACGUCUUUGCCUCAGGCU